ACGGCGGAUGCGAUAAUUAUCGAGAUACUACGGACGGAACAACCUUCUCUUCUGUCACUCACCCUCCUUUACCUACCCUGGAAGGGAACAUGCUCCUGGGAACAGCCACCUAAUCCUAAAUUUGUCGCAUAUUGCUUCUCUGUUCAAGAAUUUAUUUAGCUCGCCGCACAUUGUGUGUCUGACGGUCACACGUUGUCCUAUAGUCUUGCCCAUCGCGGGCGACCGUGUCUUCUGUAAAUCCGCUUCACCAUGUCUACAGAUUACACCUAUGAUGAACAGGGUCAAUUUUUCCCGUUCUUCAUCCUAACCCUUACGGGUCUUGUUACAUUCCCGUUAACAUAUAACCUUCUUAAGCCGAGCAAAGAGCUUGAGAACACCGCCCCUCGAAUAAAAUCGGACUACAGGCCGGAACAUGGCGAUCUCAUUGAAGCACAGAAGCGUAAGCGUCUACGCAAGGAGCGCAGGAUUAAGCGCAUCGUUACCGUUGUAUUGGGAUAUGCAGUUAUGGCUUGGAUGGUUUAUUUGAUUGUUGUCACUGCCAGAACAGCACCCAAGAUCUGGGAUCCAUAUGACAUCCUCGGCAUCUCAAGGAGCGCCGAUGAAAAAGCGAUCUCUAGACACUACAAGCGUCUGUCUCUUAUCUAUCACCCCGACAAAAUUCGGCCAGACCCCGCGAAGAACGAGACUAUUGAAAUGCUCAACGAGCGUUUCGUUGAGCUGACCAAGGCCUACAAAGCACUCACAGAUGAGGAAGUUCGUAAUAACUAUAUUCAGUAUGGCCAUCCCGAUGGCAAGCAAAGCUUCAGCAUUGGUAUUGCUUUGCCGCAAUUUAUUGUCACGGAGGGAAAUGGGAAGUACGUUUUGCUCGUCUAUGGCGGCUUACUAGGUGUUCUCCUCCCUUACAUCGUCGGUCGGUGGUGGUAUGGCUCGCAGCGAUACACCAAGGAGAGAGUCCUGGUCGCUAGUGCAGGGAACAUCUUCCGGGAAUACAAGGAUGGUAUCACCGGUGGUGGAAUCGUCGGGGCUCUUUCCUCUGGUGACGAGUUUAAGGAUAUGCUCAAGGGCUCGCAAGCAGAGGCAGGACUGGCGAAGCUGGAAAAGAUGGUCUUGGCAGAUGAUUCCUCAUUCCUCUCUUCUGCAGACCGUGAAAAGCUUAAGGAACUGGAUGAUUCUACACGCCGGAAGGCGCUUGCUUUGCUGUGGGCUUAUCUUGGCCGCAUUGACUUAAAUGAUGCUACACUCAAUGGAGAAAAGUACGAGGCCGCCCCCAUUGCGCUCUCUUUGAACGAAGCCUUCACAGCCAUUUCCCUGGCUUUCGGUAACCUUCGUCCCAUUUUGGGGUCUUUCCAAGUUUCUCAGAAUUUAAUUCAAGCCAUCGCCCCGGGAUCAUCCCCCCUUCUCCAAUUGCCUUAUUUCACUGAUGACAUCGUCAAGGCUGUUGAAGGCGAAGACGCCAAAACCCACUUCAACGUUCAGAGGUUCAUGAGCCUGCCAGAAGAUAAGCGACACAACCUCACAGUGGGUGCAGGUCUUUUGUCUGAGAAGCAAUACGCAAGCGCCAUCUCUGUUGCUAAGCAGCUUCCCGCUCUCGAAGUUUCUAGAGCAUUUUUUAAGGUUAUGGGAGAGAAGGUUAUCACGCCAAGCAGUCUUGUCCAGCUCGUUGUCAAAGCACGGUUCAUCCCACCAGGCUAUUCGAACGUUCCGGAAGUGACCCCAGCCGACCUUGAGGACGUUGACCCUGAUGAGGAUGAUCUCGAUGCUCUCAUGGGUCGCAAGCCAACCAAGACAAAGAAGCUCGCCAACGGUGAGAAGGUGGAGAGCAAGGUUGAAACCAUUCAACCGCCACUGGCUCAUGCACCAUAUCUGGCUCGUGAUCACUCUCCUCGUUGGCAUGUUUUCUUGGCCGAUCCCAAGCAGGGCAAGAUGGCCGUUCCACCAUUUACCUUCACUACCUUUGAUAAACCCUUGUUCGACGAAGCUGGAAAGCCUACAUUCAAUGUCCAGACUCUCAAAAUGCAGUUCCAGGCUCCCCCCCAGGUCGGGGACUUUACCUUUGUGAUGCACUUGCUCUGUGACAGCUACCUUGGUCUUGACACGAAGAUGGAAGUCACGCUCCACAUCGAUGAUCCUGCUAAGGCAGCUGCGCUGGAGGAAGAGGAUGAUAUCAGUGAGCCCGAUGAAGAUUCUAUUGCCGGUCAAAUGCAGGCCUUGAAGACCGGUCAACCCCCCAAGAAAAAGGCUAAGAAGCCAGAAGAUGAUUCUAGUGAAGAUGAGAGUGAUACCGACGGCGACGCAGGAGAUACCAGUGAUACCAACACCGAGACUGACGUUGACGAUUAAGCGGUCCAGCGGAUGGCGAAAUUGGGAACAAACGAAAAAAAGGACAAAAAAAGAAACAACUUAGUCAGACGAUACAAGAAAGCGAUGUCAGUCGAGAAUAAGACGGCGCAGAAGGAGAUUUGGAGAGAUAGGAUGAGAAGGAGAUCUUCCCCCUUCUGUCCUUAUGAUAUCUUCUUCUGCUUGUUUUUACUACAUAUAUCGGGUUUAUUUAUUUAUUUAUUUCUUACAUACCUGUUAGAUUAUGCAUUAUAUCAGGGAGUUUAU